CAAAACACACACUACUCCAUCAAAAAUAAGACUGUAUGAAAAAGACUACUACAUUGGAUGCACCGUAUUAGCACUGUUACAUUAGACGAUAAUUGUUUUCGUGCAGGCAGGACUUUUCUGGUAUGCUGGCCCUGAUUUCAAGGCUGUUGAAUCAACCAAUAUCCUCUACGUAGUGUCCAGUUCUAUGAGCUUGUAUCUAUUGUACCCAGCAGUUUCCUCUUCGUUUCCUUUGUAGCUAGUCUGUGGUUUCCAUCAUUUGUUUUUUCUUGGUUAAACGCAUUGAUGUUUUCUGAGCCCAGACUUCUGGAGCCCUGGCCGCUGCGUCGCACGCCAGAAAUCUCUUAAUCUUAAUCUUAAUCGUCCCACUUGAAAAAAAUGACCACAAAUCGAUGCGACCGCAAAUCGAAGCUCAUCUUAGGUUCCGAUGCUGAGACCUUGUUUCGGCAAGAGUGUUGGGAGCCAAGAUCAUCUCCCUCGGGAAGUGACAGCUUCUCUGCAGCACAUGAAGAAGGGCCAACCUGGCGCACGCUUUUAGAUGAACGGAUUCGAGCAACAUGGAGAACGCAGCCAAGGUACCUCGUUUGGAUGGAGGACAAGUUCGAGCAAGUGCAACAUUGUUGUCAACUGAAAGGAGCGCAGUUUCCUCAAUAUCAAUUACACGGAGAUCUAGGAUUCUCCGGAACGACGACGACGCCGGUGGAAGCAAAAGAGCGGAGCAGAGCGCUGACGUCGUCAUCAUCGUCGUCAACAAGCCAAGAUUUGGAAUGUGCGCAGCAAUAUUUUGAAGGCGUUUUACGGAGUGCAGCAUCUCCGAAUAACCACGUCGGAGCUUGCCUUCUGCACCUUCCUACAUGGUUGAUAGGAACUAGAGAGGAACACGAACAAGAUCGCCAUGUUCUUGGGCCUUCAAGAUCAGCAAGUGAGAAAGCCAACAGUACUGUUACUGGUCUCGGAGACAAGGCAAAAGUGCGAGACUUCAUUGAUAGGAUGCUAGAUUUAUUCUGCGUAGACGAUGUGCAUGAGAACAAUUGUUCCGAAUGGAACCAGCGAGCUGACGGACGUUCUCCGAUAGAGAUCGGAGACCAAUCAGCAUACACCCUAUCAACCGAACGACAGCAUCAGCGUGAAGCCGCCAGGCGGAUUUUUGCGCGUGGGUUCGUCAUCAAGCCGCGCAACGGGCAUGAUAGUCUUGGCGUGUCCGUCUUUGAUCAAAAAAUGCUGUCCAGUCUGACGCAAGGUCGUACGAAACCCUCAGCAUACCGAAAGCGUCUGCUUAACAAGAUUUAUCAAGCGGUAUCAACAGCAUGCAGUCCCCCGAAUCCGAAGUCUUGGCAACGAGAGUGUUGGCAGCUUUCUCAAGUCCCGACAGGGGCAGUGCUACAACCCCUCUACAUUUCGUGUCCGUCUAUUUCCUUGUCGUCUCUAGUAGGCGAUGGAGCUGCAUCUUCAACUUCAUCUACUUCUUCAAGUCGUAGACAGCAUGUUGUAUGGGAGACGACGAAGACCGAUGACGCUGGGGAGAUGAGGACAGCGAGCGCCUUUGAAGAACGUGAACCAGAAAGGCCUGAACCGAACUGUUCGCAAGGUAACGACGAGCCUGCGCCUUCAGUUGCAUCUGCAUCUGCAGGCUCAAAGGCAACAAAGAGGCCAGGCGAAGGAAGCAGUUCAACUACAAGUACAGGCACAUGUUCUAGUUCUGCAUCUUCGAGUAAAGAAGAGCCAAUCGAAGUAAAAGUGCAUACAAUUGGCGGGAAAACGGUAGGCGCUACCCUAAAGGACUGGACCGACGAAAUGUGGGUGGACGAAAGAGGCUGUAUACAUGUUUGGUCCGAUGAGAGUUGGGCCAAAUACGCCAGAACAGGAAGGAAGAGAAGGAUUCUGGAUGUGGCGGAUUUGCGAAAUGCACUUCUAACAAAACCUUCAGGACAACAAGUUCUGUGGUCAGACUCAAACUUACACCAGGCCGAUACUAAAGGCGAUGCGAACAACUCUGGUGAAGGUCCACAAGACCACGUAGAACCUCAACAGCAGCACCAGACGAAUUAUAGUACUCUCGUAAGGCGUGUUCUGUUGCUAGCCAGAGAAUUAUCGAAGCAUUGGUCUUGGAUGUGCCUCGUUUCCGAAAGCAUCAGUCGUGGAGAAACCCUUCUAACAGAGGAAGGUGUUGAGCAGGUUCCCGGUGAAGCAGCUGUAUUUUUCUCAUCCAGGAGGACGAACAACUCACCUAGCUGCAGCAACACCUCGUCUAACAUAGGUCGUGGUCAUGCAUUCUUGUCGAACAAGCGUAGAGCCCUCUGCAAGACUGAUCAAGCUGAUCAGGUCCUCGUAGAGGAAUGUCGUUUGGACUGGCUGUUGGGAGACGCGUACUGGGGCCCUAGACUCGGGGAGAUAACAUAUCAAGGAGCAGCGUUCGCGACCCAUUCCCUACAAUCUCGCUAUAUGGCGCAAAAACUUCUUACUUUCCUCGACAAAUCUUUACUAGUCCCUUUGCUUCGCGACGAGUCAACAUCGUUGACAACCACUCCUCCGAAGAAAGACCGAGAAGCUACAAAUGGUGGUCACACCAUAAACUGUCGUCAAGAGAUGAAGAGUCGGCUGUCUACUUCGCUCAAGACAGCUGGCUGUCAUGAUCUGGAAGAGCAUGAUCUUCUUCCCACCUCUUAGACAAUAUUUCAGGACGAUGAAAGAACUAUCAUGCCUUCUUGUGUUUCUUGCCAUGAAAAAAAAAUUCAGCCUCCUCGCGAUCGAUCGAGACUUGAC